AUGCUGUACGAACUCAUCGCCAUUGCACGUGUUACAAAUCCAAGUUCAGCUGCUGUUGAGGCCAAAGAAGUUGCCUCUACUAUUGGUAGAUUGAUAAUCCAAAAUCGUGGCGUGGUUAGACAAAUCAAGUCACUUGGACUUCAACAUCUUCCAAAAAUUAUGACCAAGGAUCAAGAACAUCAUUUUCAAGGUGAGAAGUUCCUCAUGCUUUUCGAUUCAAGUACAUCUGUCCAAUCCGAAAUCCUUCGAACACUAAGAGCAGAUCCUCGUGUCAUUAGAUCGAUGAUUUUGAAGGUUAACGAUAAAAAGCUAGCAACAAGCAGUUCAUACGACAGAAUCAGACCUAGAGCUUGA